AGCGGGGCCCUUGUCCCCCAGCCAUGCCCGUGGACCUGGCCGUGCGGCUCUGCCUGAGCCACUCGCCCCCCAUCUGCAAGCUGCUGAACUACGAGGAGCUGCGGGUCAGCCGGGGCCGCAAACCCCUCCGGUCCUGCCUCAACCAGAAGCUGAACGCGGAGCCUGAGCCCGAGCGGCGAGACAACACCAGGAGCUCCCGGGGGCAGGAGAAGAAGAAAGUCGUGUUUGCUGACAUGAAGGGGCUCUCGCUGACAGCUGUCCGCUUCUUCUCCAAGUUCGAGGAGGAUCUGUGUGACCUGCAGCACGCCCUGUCUGACCUGGCCCGCUGCAGCCCCAAGAUGCGGGACUCGGAGCCAGAGGGGUGCAGGUUCGUGCUGGGCUUCCCACAGCCCUCUGCAGACUACGUGACCUUCCGCAGCCGCCUGCACAGCAACCUCGUCUGCCUGGAGAGCUGCUUGAUCCAGGAUCGUUCCCUGUCAGGGACAGUGAAGGUCAGAAACAUCGAGUACGAGAAGAGAGUGAUGGUCCGCAUCACCUUUGAUGGCUGGAAGAACUUCCAGGAUGUCUUCUGCCAGUACGUGCACAGCACCUACGGCUCUGCUGACACAGACACCUUCUCCUUUGAGCUCACCCUGCCUAAGCCCUCUGUCUCCUGCAGAGCUCCUGCAGAGUUCUGCAUCUUCUUCCAGUGCCGACAGAAGACCCACUGGGACAACAACCAAGGGAAUAACUACAGGAUCUGCCCUGUGGGCACGAUCCGCCCUCCCUCCCGUGCUCUCCGGGCUGCCGGCAGGGCCUGGGACCACCUGGGCACCUCCCGGGCCGCCGCCCUGGUCCUGUCCCAGCUGCAGAGCUGGCGGCGCUCCGAGUCUCAGGCCCCGUAUUGGUAGGAGAGCAGCGGGUGGAGGUGCGGG